GGGAAAGUCAGCAGUCAGCAGCGCAGUGGCGGGAACCGCAGCCCGGCGGCCCUGGAAGCUCCCAGAGCUCAGUGAUCACCCAGACCUGCUCACCUGUGCAGCAGAACAGAGGGGCCUGGAAGGACAGAGACAGUGACUAAGGAAGCAGGACAGCAAGCCAUCUAUUCCUUGUUCCUCAAAGAGAAAGUCAAAGAAGAGAAACAGUAAGAAAUGGCUGACUCCGCAGUUAGUCUGAUCCAGGCACUCCAGGCAGUCUUGCCCAACGUCUAUGAGACUGUCAAAGAGGACCAGCUACCCUACCAGAAGAGACACCCACCAGAUGAGCCAGAGAUACAACCUGUUGACUGGGUUUGGGUCAAGAAAUAUAUGGCCCAGCAGCUAGGAGGAAAGUGUACUGGAUUGUUCCAGGGUGUGUUGACACUCAGGGAUGUAGCUGUGGACUUUUCCCAGGAGGAGUGGCAAUGCCUGGACGCUACUCAGAGGGCUUUGUACACUGAUGUUAUGUUGGAGAAUUACAACAAUCUGCUCUAUGUGGAGAACUAUUACAAGUGUGACCUUGUCUAUCAGCAUGUGAAGACUGAAAAGGAGUCUUGUCGGUGUAAUGAGCUUGGCAAAGUGCCUCAUGAUCCCUCCACAUGUGCACUUUAUAGAACAAGUGAAACUACAGAAAACUCCAAUAACUACACAUGCAGUAAUCACAGAGAUGCCUCUGUUGACUCAUCAAACCCAGAGAGACAUGAAAGCAUGCACAGUGGAGAAGAACCUUGCCAAUCUAAAGACUGUGAGAAAUCUUUAAAUUUGUGUUCCAGCAUUACUCAAGAUCAGAGAUUCUUCACUGCAGAGAAAGAUCAUAGUCAGGGAGAAUGUGAUGAACAUUUUGACUCUACAUUUAGUUGUUUGCAACAAAAAUUCUCCAUUGGAGAUAAACCACACCAAUGUGGGAAAUGUGGGAAAUACUUCAGUACUGCGUUAAGCCUCACUGUCCAUCAGAGAGUUCAUACUGGAGAAAAGCCUUACAAAUGUCAGGACUGUGACAAAUGCUUUACUGUGAAGUCAACUCUUACAAAGCAUCAAAGAAUUCAUACUGGAAAGAAACCCUACAAGUGCAACGUUUGUGACAAAUCCUUUACCCAGUGCUCAAGUCUGAAAACACAUCAAAGACUCCAUACUGGAGAGAAGCCUUACAAGUGCAGAGAAUGUGGAAAGGCCUUUCAUCAGUCCUCAGCACUCAAAAGCCAUCAGAACAUGCAUACAGGAGAGAAGCCUUACACGUGUAAGGAGUGUGACAAAUCCUUUGCCCACUAUUCUAACUUCAGGAGACACCAGAAAAUCCAUACUGCUGAGAAACAUUGUAGGUGUCAAGAAUGCGGUAAAGUCUUUCAUUGGCUUUCACACUUAAGGAGACACUACAGACUCCAUACUGGGGAGAAGCCUUACAAAUGCAAUGAGUGUGACAGUUCCUUCACCCACUAUUCGUCAUUUAGAAGGCAUCAGAAAAGUCAUUCACUAGAGGAAUUGUACGAAUGUAAAGAAUGUGGUAAGUCCUUUCUUGACUUAUCACAUCUUAAAAGGCAUUACAUAAUCCAUACUGGCGAGAAGCCUUACACGUGUGAGGUAUGUGGCAAAUCCUUUACCUUGAACUCAACUCUUAGAAGGCAUCAUAAAAUCCACACUGGGGAGAAGCCUUACAAGUGUGAGGUGUGUGACAAAUCCUUUACUGUGACGUCAAAUCUUAGAAGUCAUCAGAAAAUUCAUACUGGAGAGAAACUUUACAAAUGUAGGCAGUGUGACAAAUCCUUUACCCAGGACUCGUAUCUGAAAACACACCAGAGAAUUCAUACUGGGGAGAGACCUUACAGAUGUAGAGAAUGCGGAAAGUCAUUUCAUCAGUUGUCAGCACUUAAACGGCAUCUGAAAAUGCACACUGGAGAGAAACCUUACAAAUGUAGGGAAUGUGACAAGUCCUUUACCCAGGACUCACAUCUUAGAGCACAUCAGAGAGUUCAUACCGGAGAGAGACCUUACAGAUGUAGUGAAUGUGACAAGUCCUUUACUGAGUGCUCAACUCUUAGACAGCAUCAGAAAAUUCAUACUGGAGAGAAACCUUACAAAUGUGUGGAAUGUGACAAGUCCUUUACCCGUAACUCACAUCUUAGAAUACAUCAGAAAAUUCAUACUUGCUAGAGACCUUAAAAUGCAAAGAAUGUGACAUGUCCUUUAUCCCGAUUUUAAAUCUUAGAGGGCAUCAGAAAAAUUCAAAUUAAAGAAAAAAAUACCAUUGCAAAGAAUGUGACAUAGCUUUAUCUGGAAUUCUCUGCUUAGAAAUCGCAAUAAUAGAAACAAAGAUACAAAACUUGUGAAUGUCUUUAAUGAAGGUCUAAGUCUUUAAAACAUUGCACAGGGUUUAUAUGAAAAUAAAAUUCUACGGGAAGUUUUUC